AUCUUUUUUAAAUUCACCCUUAUAACCAUAAAACGGCCCUUUUCAGGGCCAAUAAAUCUCUGACUAAAGAUUUGUUUAACUGCUUUUAAUUGUUUAUUUAUAAUUGAGUGUCCAAUAAAGUAAUUCAUCAACCAAAGUAAUCUUAAUCUGGUAAAUUCAUGCUCUUUUAAGCUUCACAGUGAACGCGGGAAUAUUUCAAAUAAUUUUUCAUUCAAAAUCCAUUUCAAAUUUGGCUCCUUUUGUGUGGUUUCCUCAUGUAUAUUACCUAUUCACAUGUUCAUCUGUUGUCAGUUACACAUCUCAGUUAACUAAACAGUUCAACAAUCUAGUCUUCCUCACAUUAAUUUUGUCAGUUUGUUAACCCAAGAUGAAGGGCAUACCGCGAAUCGGAAGCGGCUGGAGAACUUCCGCUAAAUGUCCAUUUUGUCUGUGUCCUUUUCUGGUUGUCGCCAAUAUAUUGAUGAAUGUCUUGACUACACAAUCAACCACUUGUUACCGGUUAAGUCUAUUCAUCGCCAUCAACUUUUUUCUGGUCACUUAUAAAAAUGUGGCUUUUUUGAAGCCUCCACAACAUUCUCUUGCCGUUAGUUUUAUUGUUACUGUUGCUGUUAAGUUUUAUAUUCCAGAGUUUUCCUGGUUCAUUUUCCCCAUUCUUGCAUUGUUCAAUUAUGGAUUCAAUCUAUUCACCAAAUCUAUCAACAGGCGAUUCCUAAGCUCGUUUUCUCAAUGUGAACUUAUAAUUGUUUCACAAGGAAUCCUAACUUUUUUAGCGCAAUCAACCCUUUGUGAGUUGGUUCCUUCCGUACCUGAUCUCGCCUUGUCUUGUUCAAAUGAUCCUACUACUCGAGUUUUACAGAUACUUUUCUUUGGUUUAUCGAUGACGGUGGCCGCUAUGUUAUACUCAGCUACUCAAAAUGACAAUCUUAUUUAUGUUUAUACAUCUUUUUUCACCGGCCUGUUUCUAAUAUACUCUAGAAUUGCUGUUAUUCUGAACAAAGAGCCUUUAACGUGGCUAUUUUUGGAGAUUAUAUUCACAUCAACCAGGAUACAUCUUUUCGAACUUUGGGCUUGCCUUUUCUUGUUCGCCGUUUUUUUCUGUGUUGUUGUUGCAGCUUUCGCAAAUGGCUCGUCAAAUACAGUGAUUAGAAAAUUCUUCCAUCUCAUUAUAAUUCCUGUUUAUGCCAGUGGUCUGAAGUAUGAUUCGAUCCUGUUACACUUUCUAUCCUCAUGUCUGCUUUGGAUUUUCAUUCUUCUCGAGACCCUACGCAUCACGGAUCCAGAUAAUACUGGGAAAGCCAUUGAAUUUUUCAUGGAACGCUUCAAGAAUGAAAAUGACCAAGGAUUUCUUACACUGACUCAUAUUUAUCUUUUAGUUGGUCUCUCUUUGUCAACAUGGCUCUCUCCAAAUAUUGAUAAGAUAUCGUUUAACCUAACAUCUGGUCUGAUUACUGUUGCAGUUGGUGAUACGGCAGCGGGAAUUAUUGGGUCACUCUUUGGAAAACAUAAAUGGCCCAACUCAAAGAAAUCAUUUGAAGGUACUUUUGGUGCAAUUUUUUUCCAAAUAUUGGCAUCGAUUUUUUUAAUAUCUUUCCUUAAAGUGCCAACAAAUUUUGUUGUGGUGAUUAUUCUAUGCGUAAUAUCAUCGAUACUCGAGGCUAAAACAGUGCAAAUUGAUAAUCUAAUACUGCCGUUAUACUUCAACUUAUUAUGGCUCAUUUUUGAAGCUAUUUCGAAUUUGUAAUGGAUGAAUGUUAUUACUCACCUGUGAAAAGUAUAUUCAAUAGGUGUUGAUCAUUGUUGAUGCGACAAUCAUAGAAAUAUUCAAGCAACACACGUAAAUUAUGUCAGGAUGUGGGAAACUUAUCGAUAUAACAAAACGAGCUUUUGAAAUAAUGAAUAGUCCUGUAAAUUGGAUAAUUGGUGUGUCAAAAAUUUUUAUUCACAACAGAUAACCGCAGAAUAUCAUGGUGAAUUCAAAUCUGCUAUUGAGCAUUCGCUGACAUUAUUAAUUGUGGAUAGCGAAACUUAUUUCCAAACUCUUUUAUGCCAACAUUCCAGUUUCACAGUUUCUCCUAAUUCCAAAUCAACUUAUUUAUUAACAUGGUUUAUCAUUUUUUCUCACCAAUCCUCCUGUAGUUUAACAUGAAAGAUACAUUCUAAUACGGAUCAAAAUAUUUUGUCCAGGAAUUAACAGAUGGCAAUCAGAUCAGGUAAAAUUUCAUCAACCUUACAAUAUUUCUGACAAUCUUGUGAGAUAAUCUCCAUUGUGAACAUUUGAAAACUUCAAGGUGUUCAAAGAAUGAUGAGAUAGAUUAUUGCGAUAUUCGCUUCAAGUGUCAAUUAAUCUAUUACCAAAGUGUCUAUAUUAUUUUUGGCGUACUGAUUCCACAAUUGACUAAAUCAUUUCAGAAGCAAUUCUUCCUCUAUUUCAAGAUAUGUCUUAACAAAACAUCCACCCAAUCAAAUAUUCGCAUCAGCAAAUGAUCUACAAUUAUUGAAUUUCCUUAUAUUACUUAUUAUUAAUACUUAUAUUUAUGUUGAUAUUGAUACAUUUUACGCUUAUUAAACCUUCGCAUGUAAAA